AAUAUAUAUUUUUUAUAGACAAUGAGGAUAGCGACACACGACUUAAGGUCAUAAUGAGAAGGAUGAAGAGAUCCAGCAGCGAGCCAACAGUGAGCACACGUGGGUACCAAGACAAUAACAUCACCACCUCUCCAUCUCCAAGUGAGAAUGAGCAUCAAGUUUCCCAUGAAAGUGACCACUCUACCCCACUCUCACCUGAAACAAACCAAGAGCCAGAAUUAAUCCAAGUUCAACAUCAUUUUCAAGGAUCAUACAUACGCCAUAGUUUCAGAAUUCCUAAAAAUGUUGAAGUAGACCCAUUGUCAUACAUAUGUAACUACCAAAUAUUUUUCAUAAAGUACAUCUCAAAUGUAUAUAAUAGUUAUCAGGGGCGGUUUCCACCUAUGCUACGCAUCUUUCCUGAAGUUUAUGUACAACUUAAAGGAGACAAUGUCGAGGGAGAGCCCAUUGUCCAUGAUUUCAACAUCAAAGUCGAUAUUCGUGAUGUGACUUUAGAAGACAUUACUGAUCUCGUCAAAUCAUGGAUAGAUGUUAUAGCUACUGGACUGGAGAAGCAGCUCUCUGAAGUUGAAGUGUCUGGAAUCACAGUGCAUAGUGUCACUAGCUUUCAUAUGAAUUUUAUGGUUGUUCAACAUCCUAUUCGCUUAGGAACAUAUGUCCCUUAUCCAACUAUUAGAGGCAAACACUGUAUUUUAAAUCCUGUAAGUACCACUUCGUCAUGCUUAAUCCAGUGCAUUUGUGCAUAUUUGUGUCUCUCUAGUGGCAAGAACUUGGACGUUGUUCGGACCAUAAUUAAAAUACAGAGCAGGUGUAGAAAAUAUGUAAAGACUGAUAACUUAGAUUUGCCUUUAUCAUGGGAAAAUCUCUCUAAAAUUGAAAGCUUAAAUAAAGUCAGUAUAUUUAUGUAUUUACUUGUCAAAAGCAGUGGUAAAUAUAGUAUCAGUUUGGCUAGGAAAGGUCAUACUGCCUACAGGGAUAAAAUUGUUCCACUAUUGUUAUUAGAAGACAAACACGUGGCUCUUAUCAAGGACUUUAAUCAAUAUAUUAAAAACAUGAAGAGCAACCAGAUGAGAGAGGGGAAAAAUCCUAUUUAUUGUCACAUCUGCUUAAUGCAGAUGUACAAUAAGCAGCAGUUUUCUAUACAUGAAGAAAAAUGUGAUGCUCAACAAACUCUAGAGUUGCAUCCCCCGGACUAUACAAUAAAAUUUAGAAGACAGUAUUCCCCAUACAGUCCAUCUCAUGUAGGCUUUUAUAGCUUUGAGUGUUUACUAAACAAAACGGACUCCCAAGGCAUGACAGAGAUGAGCCAUAGGGCUGUGGCUUACUCAUAUAUUAUUAUAGACAGACAUGGAUCUGUUGCAGACAAAUCUUCCUACUGUGGUCCUGAUGCAGUUAAUCACUUUGUCAGUAAAGUGCAAAAGACUUGGAAGCGCUUAAAGGCUCAGCUGCGCACUUAUCCUGUACACAUGACAAACAAAUCCAAGAAACUGUAUCGUGCUCAAACUACAUGCGGUUUUUGCCUGAAUGACUUUAAGAAUCCAAAAGAUAAGUAUCGUCAUCAUAAAUACAAUGAAGAGUACGAUAACUUUUUAACUGCCUAUUGCCUUAAAUGUAAGUUUGAAUGUUUGGUUGCUAACCGUUUUCUUAAAAUGUUUUCAUGUGAUACUUCAAAUGACUUUGGAAUUAUUCUCGCAGAAUUGGCUUUAGAGCCGCAGAAAGAGAUUUUAGUUCAGUCUACCCAGGAAUAUAAAUUGAUGAAAGUAAGCAUUGAUAAUAAUAUUUGCCUCGUGAAUAGCCUAUAUCUCUUGAAGGGUAACUUAGUCAAUUUGGCAGAGAAGCACGUUAAAGAUGGUAAUUCAUUAAAGUACACUCAUAUGAUGAUGGAUGAAGUUUCCAGCAAGGCCAAAACAAUUGUGUUAAGUAGAAAACUUUAUUUCUGCAAUGACUAUGUUUCUAACAUUGAUUGUUUAAAAGAGGAACAACUCCCUCCUCUUGAAGCUUUUAACAGUCACUUAAAUGAUAGCCAGCUAUCCUCAGAGGAUUAUGAUCAUGCACAACGUGUCUAUGAACUUGGAGGUUGUAAAUGCCUUGGAGACUACUUACAACUAUAUUUGAAAGUUAACACUGGUCUAUUAUGUGAUGUCUUCACAAGCUGGUUAAAUGAUAGCCAGCUAUCCUCAGAGGAUUAUGAUCAUGCACAACGUGUCUAUGAACUUGGAGAUUGUAAAUGCCUUGGAGACUACUUACAACUAUAUUUGAAAGUUAACACUGGUCUAUUAUGUGAUGUCUUCACAAGCUGGAGAAAGACGUUGAUUGAUCUUUAUCAGCUAGAUGUCGCAUAUUAUGAGUCUUUGUCUAGCUUUGCCUGGGAUGCUUUGCUUUUGAACAGUAAAGUUGAAUUUGAUGCCAUUCACGAUUAUGAAUUAUAUGAUCUUAUACAAGGUAAUCUGAAAGAGGAUUUUACCAGUGUAGUAAAACAGUAUUCACAAGCAGACAAUAUACACCUAAAUCCACAGUUUAACUCUGCAGUUGGAAAGUAUAUCGUAUAUUUGGAAUUCAAUAAUCUGUAUUUUACAUGUAUGAUGGAAACGUUGCCCCGAGGCGAUAUACAUAAAUUGCCUGAGGAUGAAAAAGAACUUUUUGUAGAAAAGGGACUUGAAAAUCAUUCCUGUAAGUCUACCAAAGGGUAUUGGAUUCUUUGUGACACAAAGCAAGUAAGUCCUCAUGUAGCGCAGGAAACAGAUGAACUGCCAUUAGUUUUGGCCCAUAGAAAUGUUCAGAGAGAAAUUAUCUCUGAAUACAGUAACAGAAUUCUUGAGUCAAACAGCUGUGAAUUACCGAAGAAAAACAAAAAAUUAGUGGCCUCACAUCUACCACAAAAGAACUAUUUAGUUAGUUUAGAUUUACUGCAACUUUUGAUGAAACUUGGCUUGGAAGUUGAAUGUGUUCAUGCCGUGUAUGAAUUCACCAAGCUGAAAGUUUUUGAGAACUUUAAUACUAAUAUUAAUCAGCGCAUUGAAGCCACUGAUAAAGAAAAAUGUUCGGCCUUAAAUUAUGUAAAUAGUCUAAUCUUUGAUAAGUCAUUAAUGAACAUAAACAAAUACUCUCAUUGCCACGAUUUUGUUGCAAAUGAAAACAAAUUUUUAAACUUUGCUCGUAAUCCUUGUACAAAAUGGGUUACACCUGUAAGUCAGGAUCGAAUGAUUUGUACAAAGAGUAUGAAAGAACAGCUCAUUAAUCAGCCCACAUAUAUUCAUUUCCAUAUUCUACAGACGGCUACAAAAAUGCUGUAUGAAUUUUGGUACAAUGUGGUCAAGGCACACUAUGGCAAAAGAGCACAGUUGGUGUACACAGACACUAGCAGCUAUAUCUUCACACUCGAGUGUGAAGAUGUCUAUAAUGAGCUAGGAUCGGAACCUCUUAAGUCUUGCAUGGACUUCUCAAAUUUUUCCAAAGAUCACCCAUUGUUUGAUGACAGUUUUAAAGGAGUCCCAGGGCGUUUGAAAUCUGUGACAGGUGAAAGACUCAUUUCUGAAGUUGUGGCAUUAAAACCUAAAAUGUUUUCCAUGAUGGUGCAAUCAGAGCAGCAGUCAGACAGAACCAAAGACUUACCAUUUCAUUAUAAAUCAGCACUAACUCAUGAUAAAUUUAAAAUGGACAUAUUCGGUCAAAUCUCUGAUGAUUUUAAAAGUAGAUUAAUACCUAAUGAAGUUGAACAAAACUGCACUUCUGUUGGAUCAAAACUUGGAUUAUAUUUGUUUGAUGACAAACGUUAUGUUUUAAGUCCUCAUCAUUCUCUAGCGUUUGGUCACCCAGACAUUUUGGACAAGUAUACACGACCCGUUGAAACCACAGAGACUAUUUAUGUUCAUGUAAAGGAGACUCCUGAUGACAGUGACACUAUACAGACCUUUAAAUAUGAGAAACAGAAAACUUCUCAACCCAGUAAAAUCAAAGGCACCUUUAAAUAUGAGAGAAGAAAGAGGUCUCCAUCGAAGGAAAGCGUAGAGACCUCUGAUAAUGAGCUAUGUAAGAAGUAUAAACGCAAUAAAACCAUGAAGACGUUUGAUGAUAAAAAACAGAAGAGGUCUCAACCCAGUACAACAAUAGAGGCAAUUGAUGAUGAGACACACAAGAGGUCUCAAUCCAGUAAAAGUAUAGAGACUUUCGAUAGUGAGAUAGACAGGGAGAGAUCUGGACCCAAUGCAACCUUUAUAUAUGAGAGAGAGUACAGGUCUCAAGCUAGGAAAACCAUACAAACCCCUGAUGAUCAGAUACAGAAGAGUUUUCUGCUCGAUAAAACCAAUGAGACCUUUAAUGAUGAAAGACAGAAGAGGUCUCCAUGUGAUAAAACCAUGCAGAUCUUUGAUGAUGAGAAAGAGGAAGAGAGGCCUGGGCCUGACGAAACCAUAGAGACCUUUGAUGACGAGACUGUGGAGGAUAUAUCUGCACCCAAUGAAACCAUAGAAACCUUUGAUGAUGAGAUAGAGGAAGAGAGGCCUGGGCCUAACGAAACCAUAGAGACCUUUGAUGACGAGACUGUGGAGGAGAUAUCUGCACCCAAUGAAACCAUAGAAACCUUUGAUGAUGAGAUAGAGGAAGAGAGGCCUGGGCCUGACGAAACCAUAGAGACCUUUGAUGACGAGACUGUGGAGGAGAUAUCUGCACCCAAUGAAACUAUAGAAACCUUUGAUGAUGAGAUAGAGGAAGAGAGGCCUGGGCCUAAUGAAACCAUAGAGACCUUUGAUGACGAGACUGGAGGAGAUCUCUGCACCCAAUGAAACCAUAGAAACCUUUGAUGAUGAGAUAGAGGAAGAGAGGCCUGGGCCUAACGAAACCAUAGAGACCUU